CGCCUGCUCUGCUCCCCUCGAUAUAUAAAAAAAGAAAAAUAGAGGGGGAAGGGCCUGCGGUCGCCUUUGUCACCUCUUCCCUGUCAAAGCAGAAUGUUUACCCUUGCGGAAGUUGCAUCCCUUAAUGACAUUCAGCCAACUUACCGUAUUCUGAAACCAUGGUGGGACGUAUUUAUGGAUUAUCUAGCAGUUGUUAUGCUAAUGGUCGCCAUUUUUGCUGGAACCAUGCAGCUGACCAAAGAUCAGGUGGUCUGUUUGCCUGUGCUGCAGUCCGCCGUCAAUGCAAAAGGGCAGCCCAGCUCCUCGGGAAGUGCCAAAGUUAUAAACGUACCAGAAUCCGAAAGAGCAGCUGUUCAAGACAAAGAACCGCAGGCAGCGCAGACAGUUUCCUUUGACAGAGCGUCUGUCGUUACACCUGACAUACCUCUGAGCAGGACUACCUUUCCGCCAUUGCACUCCACCAUCCCAAGUCAGGAACCGAAGAAGGAACAGAAAGAUUUUCUGGGUCGACAAACUAACUUGGAUUUUCAGCAAUAUGUUUUCAUUAACCAGAUGUGUUAUCACUUGGCUCUUCCUUGGUAUUCAAAGUACUUUCCCUACUUAGCUCUUAUACAUACUAUUAUCUUAAUGGUCAGCAGCAAUUUCUGGUUUAAAUACCCCAAAACUUGCUCAAAGAUCGAGCACUUUGUCUCUAUCUUAGGGAAGUGCUUUGAAUCUCCUUGGACUACAAAAGCGCUGUCUGAAACAGCAUGUGAGGAUUCCGAGGAGAAUAAGCAGAGACUGACCGGAGCCCAGUCUCUGCCAAAGCAUGUGUCAACCAGUAGUGAUGAAGGGAGUCCAAAUGCUAGUACCCCUAUGAUAAACAAGACUGGCUUUAAGUUUUCAGCAGAAAAGCCUGUCAUUGAGGUCCCUAGCAUGACUAUUUUGGAUAAAAAAGACGGAGAGCAAGCCAAAGCGCUCUUUGAAAAAGUACGGAAAUUUCGGGCCCAUGUGGAGGACAGUGAUUUGAUUUAUAAACUUUAUGUUGUCCAGACUGUCAUCAAGACUGUGAAGUUCAUAUUUAUUCUCUGCUACACAGCAAACUUUGUCAACGAAAUCAGUUUUGAGCACAGCUGCAAGCCCAAAGUGGAGCAUCUGACUGGCUAUCAGGAGUUCGAAUGCACCCACAACAUGGCUUACAUGCUGAAAAAGUUGCUCAUUAGUUACAUUUCUCUCAUUUGCGUCUACGGUUUUGUCUGUCUGUACACGCUCUUCUGGUUGUUUCGGUUACCCCUGAAGGAAUACUCCUUUGAAAAAGUUAGAGAGGAGAGCAGCUUCAGUGAUAUUCCAGAUGUUAAAAAUGAUUUUGCCUUUCUCUUGCACAUGGUCGACCAGUACGACCAGCUGUACUCCAAGCGGUUUGGCGUCUUUUUGUCAGAGGUGAGUGAGAAUAAACUGAGGGAGAUCAGCUUGAACCAUGAAUGGACUUUUGAAAAGUUGCGGCAGCAUGUUUCCCGCAAUGCCCAGGAUAAGCAAGAGCUGCAUCUGUUCAUGCUGUCGGGGGUCCCGGACGCGGUCUUCGAUCUGACAGACUUGGACGUCUUGAAACUUGAACUGAUCCCCGAAGCGAAAAUUCCUGCGAAAAUCUCCCAGAUGACGAACCUUCAGGAGCUCCAUCUCUACCACUGCCCCGCCAAGGUGGAACAAACAGCCUUCAGCUUCCUCCGUGACCACCUGAGGUGCCUGCAUGUGAAGUUCACUGAUGUGGCAGAAAUCCCAGCUUGGGUGUACUUGCUUAAGAAUCUUCGGGAGUUGUACCUGAUAGGCAACUUGAACUCUGAAAACAAUAAAAUGAUAGGACUUGAAUCCCUUAGAGAAUUACGGCACCUUAAAAUUCUCUAUGUGAAAAGCAAUUUGACCAAAAUUCCCUCUAACAUCACGGAUGUGGCCCCGCAUCUCACCAAGCUUGUAUUUCAUAACGAUGGCACCAAGCUCUUUGUACUGAAUAGCCUUAAGAAAAUGAUGAAUGUAGCAGAGCUAGAAUUGCAGAACUGUGAACUGGAGCGAAUUCCCCAUGCCAUUUUCAGUCUCACUAACUUGCAGGAACUGGAUUUAAAGUCCAAUAGCAUACGCACAAUUGAAGAAGUCAUCAGCUUCCAACAUUUAAAAAGACUGACUUGUCUGAAGUUGUGGCACAAUAAAAUAGUCAACAUUCCUCCUUCCAUUACCCAUGUGAAAAACUUGGAGUCGCUUUACCUUUCCAACAACAAACUCGAAUCCUUACCAGCUGCAGUGUUCAGUUUACAGAAACUCAGAUGCUUAGACGUAAGCUACAACUCCAUUGCAGUGAUUCCUGUGGAAAUAGGCUUGCUUCAGAACCUGCAGCAUUUGCAUAUCACAGGAAAUAAAGUGGAUAUUUUGCCAAAACAGCUGUUUAAGUGCACCAAGUUGAGGACUUUGAGUUUGGGGCAAAACUGUAUCACCUCGAUUCCAGAAAAAAUUGGCCAGCUGUUGCAGCUAACCCACCUGGAGCUGAAGGGGAACUGUUUAGACCGUCUCCCAGCGACAUUGGGGCAGUGUCGGCUUCUCAGGAAAAGUGGACUCAUUGUGGAAGAUCACCUCUUUGACACGUUGCCUUCAGAAGUCAAAGAAGCAUUGAACCAAGAUACAAACAUUCCCUUUGCGAAUGGGAUUUAAACAGAGGUUGAACUCCAAGUGACUAACAUAGAUCAUAUUAAAGUAUGUGUUGUUAUAAAAACAAAAA